UAUGGUAGUGAUAGUAAACUCUUAAGUAACGGAACUUUCUUUUCUGGACAUAUUUAUGUUUCAGGAUUCCACACGAGAAAAUGAUUGCUGCAGUCUAAUUCUAAAGAAAAACGCCUCUAAUCUAAUAAAAACACCAGACAUGAAACCUCAAAAGCUUGAUGAUCAGAAGAUGCAUCUAAAUCUGAAAUUAAAAGACAAGAAAAAAGACAAAAUUUUGGCUAGAUGGACUGAUGGCUUGUUUUAUUUUGUCAAAGUUAAUAGGGUAUCUCCUGUAAGUGGUAAAUGUAUGGUGGAAUUUGAAGAUCAGUCUACAGCCGAUGUUGAUUUUAAAGAUUUACUUGAAGAAAAACAGGAAGGCCUCACACAAUGCCACUUCUGUUUUAAAGAGGAUUCAAAACCCAAGGAUCAGUUAGUUAGGUGUAGCAAUUGUGAACGAGAUUAUCACCAGUCCUGUCAUGUACCGCCAAUAACAGAUGAAGAAAUGGUGGAAAAAUUUGUUUGCAGAAUUUGUGUGUUUGCAUCUUGUGCUCAGGCAGGUGGCGCUAAAAGUUCAGGCCACCUGGCUGAAAAAUAUGCAAUUAUGAAACAGCACUUUCCAUAUGAUAUCGAAUACUUGACAUGGAACGCUGGACACACCAGUAAUAUGGAGCAUUGUUUUUGUUAUUGUGGUGGUCCUGGCAUUUGGUAUAAUAAAAUGCUUCAGUGCUGCAGAUGCCGUCAAUGGUUUCACGAAGCUUGCAUUCAGAGUCUGAAAGAAGAACUGCUAAUAGGCGAUCGUUUUUACUUUUUUGCUUGUGCUCAUUGCAAUUUCGGAAUAGAGUUUCUACAGCGAAUGGAACUUGAUUGGAUGACCAUUACACACGUCACAGUGUUUCAUCUGGUCAUGACGAUGGGUACGAGAUAUGUAGAUCUGGACACAGAUAUAGUGCCAUUUGUUAUGGAUAAACACCAGACUUUUGGAUUUAAAAGGCUGAUUAACGGAAUGCAUGGAAGUCAAGAUGCUAUAAGGAGAAUACUGCUUAAAAUUCUUCAGAAAAACAGCUCAAUUUUUUGCUGUGGAGCUGAAGUCAAGAAGCGCUGUACAUACUUUGGUGUCAGAGAGAGAACUCCUCCGCCUGUGCCACCUUUUUCAAUUCCAGUGGUUGAGCAUAUUAUUACAAGUGAAUCAUUAAAAGAGACAUCCUUAAAGAGCAUCACAUUCAAUCCUAGCCAAUUUAACUCCUCAGUUCCGUAUGUACUGAGAGGAGCCAAAAAAGAUGUUCCUCCAUCACUUAGUGCAAGAUUCAAGGAAUCUAAACUGGCAAAGAUAGCUAGAGUUAAAUCUGAACACAAUUAUUGCACUCCUGUAAAAUGUCAAGAGGAGAUUCCAAUCAAACGUGGGAGAAAAUCUCCAACACCCACACACAUCAUGGCUGACAUUGAUGCUAACAAUAACUCUCCUGCCAAGAAUUCUCCUGAAAAAUCAGAUUCCAUUCCUGAGGAAAUUUGUAAUGAUGUGCCAAGUGAUAAUAGUAGUGUUAAAAGUGAACAGAAAUCAUCUGGUGAUAAAGAUAAGGGUAUUCUUGCUGCCAAAAGUUCCUGCCGAGUUCUCACAUACCCUGAGGAACAGCCAAAGAAAUCCUUUUGGUCACUGGAUACAGCUAUCCCAGAACCAUCCAGUUUUACUGGGGCUAAUCAUCCAUUUCUCACUUCGUUUGAACAAGACAAUAUACGUCAGAAAAGGAAACACUUUGAAGAGGAACUCUUGCGAUUAUCUUCUGUCAUUUACAAAGAUGACAGCAGCAGCAGAGAUAUAAAAAAAGAUAUUCCACUAGUUUCUCCUCAUCCAGAUAUGAACAUCAAAGGGUUUAAAGGUGAACUAGCAGAGCUCAUUAAUGCCUUUAAACCCUCUAAGAAGUCUAGAACUUUAUCUAAUGAAUGUAAUUCUCUUCCAGAGAAGUUGUCUGUCAGGACAAGUCCUAGCCACCUUGAAACCUCUCCUAGAAUACCUCGUGCAAGUUCCUUAUCCACAAAAACUUCCAAAUUAUUAAGUCUUUCACCACAUAUUAAUAGUCAAAAACUUUCUUUUAAGAAUGGCUUCAAUCACAGAAAGCAAGAGUCAUCUUCCACCCUCAAAAGUUCAGAACUUUUGGAUAAAGUGGCAGAGAAAAGGCUGAAGGCCUUAAGUAGGUGCCUUAAAAAUCUGAGCCCAACUUGUGGUUUUCGCUUUCCAGUUUUGGAAGAGAAACAUCCACCUGUUGCCAGCAGUACUUCAUUAGCUGUGACUAGUGUACCUGACAGUUCACCCAUCAAGACCUCAUCAUCACCCAAGUGUAAUAAAUCUAGUCUUGGCCGUUUAAAAGAUGCUAGGGGUAAGAAGCGAAAGAUAUGUUUAUCUGACAACCUGAAAGAUGAGAUGAUGGACUCUGUAAGGCGAAGCAAUCGCAGUCGUCAUGCUGUUAAACGGCUGGAAGCAUCCAUUGGAAGUAAGAGCUAUGAUUAUUGUGAGCGCUUGCAAAGCACAUCUUCAGGACGUGCAAAUGCAGAUCAUUAUGAGGUGAUAUCUCUUCGGAUAAGGCCUGAUAAUAAUAUUGUGGAAUAUCUUGUUGAUUGGACCCAACAAUAAUAUUUGCCUAACAAUAGGUCAACAUUAUUUAAAUCUAACUUAAUACAAUUUCUACAUAUUUUUUUUUGCUUAAGAUCUGCCAAUUUUUUCUUCCAAUAAUACUUCAGACUUAAAAUACUCUUUAAAGGUGGAUUCAUUACUCAUUUUAAUUUCACUCAUCUAAUUUUAAUAAUUUUAUUUUUAAAUAUUUUAGGUUGUUUUGUUUCAAAUAAUUCUUUUGUUCAAAGACAUAUAUUUAGAGAUAGACUUAGUAAUUAUUGGGGUUCACUAUAGAAAUAAGCAUUUUGUGAAAAUUUCUCAAGAUAAAGAAAAAAAAAAGGAAACAGCUAAAUAUUGAAAUUUAAUAGUUUUUUUCACCCAUUGAUUUUAUUUUGAAAAAGAUUGGUUUGGGAGAAGAUAAAUAUUAACAAAAUUUUUAAAACAGUAUUGUGAUAUGCAUCCUUAUUGUUUUUUAGCAUUUUUCCAAUUUCAAAACUAAAAUUUUAUUGUUGUGCUGACUUAACCUUUUUCUAAACAUGACCCUACUUGUUCACGUGGUUACAAAUUUUUUAUUUGUAAUAAUUUAUAUUAUGUUCUUUGCUCUUCAUACCAAUAGAUGUCUGUUACUUUAUAUAUUUAGAUAGAAGUAUAUAUUAUACCCUGUUAAAUGAAGCAAAUGAUAAACGGGAAAAAACCUGUGAAUGCAUCUUAAAUUUUUGUCAUUGUUAAAAAAGAAAAAGAUGCUUGAACUAGUUUUGAAUAACUUAGAUUUUUAUGGUGUUACAAAACAACACUCAUCAUCAUCAAACUCCAUUUGAGUGAGGGCUUGAGAGGCUUAAAUCCACAAAACAACAAUAGAGCAACCUGAAAGAACUGUACAUUAAAUGUGUACAUACAUUUAUUUAAAUAAUUUUAUUCUAAUUUGGCUGUUUAUUCAAUUUCUUAAAAUGUAACUUAUCGUUUGUGUAUUUCCACAUUGUUAAUGUGAAUUUUGUUUUAUAUUUCAUGAGAAAUUUAUAAGAAACCAUUUAGUGUUAACUAGUGGUCCCAAGUGAUGACUAGAAUUUAUGCUUAUGAAUCAGGGGAUGGAAAAGGGAACAAUAGCAAUCUAGUAUUAAUGUAUCAAUUUUAAAGUAAAUUAAAAAAAUGUAAAGUUUCCCUUUCAGACCAUGCAAUCUAUAGGGCAGAUGAUGUUCAAGUCAUCUGUUUCUGUGACUAAUGGUUAGCAAGCAUGGUGUCAUGUGGCUAGCACAAUGGCCAACCGCCUUAACUUUCCCCAAAUAAAGUCAGGUACCCAGUUAGAGUUGGAUGGACUAAGGGGCGCCCUAAAAUACAGAACUUCGAAAUCCCAGUCCUUUGCCGUAUUUGAACCCAGGACCACAGGUUCAGAAGCCAAGCUUUUAACCACUCAGCCACCCCACCCCCUAACCCGUCCUUCCCAAUUUAAAAGUAGACAGUACAAAUAUCACCUCUUUGGUUAACUGCCUGGGGUUCAGUUUAUUUAUUUGCAUCUACUCCAUUUCAUUUCUAAAUUUAAAAAGUGCAACCAUAUAAUCUGGGUUUAUGUCUUGUUACCAUACACACAUGGUUUCAAAACAAGAUGUAGCUAAGAAUGUCUGGUUUAUUUAUAUAAUAUAUUUUGUGCCAUUUAUUUUUUACUUGUAUAAAAAAAAUGUACAUAUAGAGUACUAAUAAAUACAUUUUUGACUCUGUACAUUUCUUCUAGACCAUUGGAAAUGCAAUUGACAUUGAAUAAUUAGAAAUAUAUAUUUAAAUAUGAUAUAUAAAUUAUGUUUUGAGAUAGAUAAUGUAAGUACUAGAUCAAAUUCAUUGAGACUGAAUGGCUUGGUAUUAGUGACACUAACUUGCUUUAAGAUUGUGUCACAUUGUUAAAUGUUAUUUAUUUGUUUGCUUGGUUACGAUGUAAUACAAGUAUGUAAAUGUUAAGGGUUUUUUUUGUAUGCAAUUAAAAGUCUAAAGGUAAAAAUGUUACUUAAAGUUGUUUAAAUCAGAAAUCCAAAAACUAGUACUUUUGAAAAAAAAAAAAUAAGCCCAUUAAAGGAAACAAAGGUCAUGACAAGUUGAAACAUACCAUAUAUAGUCUUUAAGCCUUGACCAGUGUAAUGUAAUUACAUUUUACCUGUCCAAUCCAUCCCAUCCCCCACACACACAACAGUUAUUGUGAUUUAAACAUUUCCACCAUAAAAGUUUGUCAGUAGUAUGCCCUUUUAACCAAGUCACUAAUGUACUACAUUAGUGUGAAAUUGAGAACUUAUCACUUUCAAUGACUCUCCUGUACUAUUGUAUGCAAUCAAGCUAUUUGGCUUCAUCCAAUGAUGGUCUUUUUGUUGUUUUUACAUGAAGCUUUCAGUCCAACAUUGUGAAAUCUCUUGUCAUUUUUCAGGACAUUUUUUUGUUCACUGGGCUUUUAGGCCUAUGGCAACUUUAUAUUCCUAGCUUCUUAGUUCAUUGACUGUCGUCUGACAAGCCUAGAAAAGCAAAGAAAAACAGUUUUUAGCUAGUAAAAAUAUUUCUGUUGCAAUAAGUUAAAACUUAGCUGGCCAGUGACAACAUGCAGCCGGAAUUUGCUAUACUUUUAAGUGCUGUUAUGAUUGGGAGUUUUUUUUUUUUUUUUUUUUUUUUGCUUGUUAUCUACUAAAAACAUUAGUUCAAAUGUUGAACUUCUCAAAAGGAGAAUAAAAGUGCACCAGAAAUGUUUUAAAAUGAGUAGAUAAUUAGACUACAAAAUUGUCCAAUUGUUUCUUUUGCAAACCGGUUUGAAAGCUGACUUAGGUCGAAAUUGCCUUUUUCAUUGUUCUUGUAUCUAUUCUACAAAACAUUUUUUUUUCCUACUGCUUUGAAAAAAUGAGUUCAUUGUGAUACUUGUUAUAAAAGUUGACUUUGUUGAAAUGUGUUGCAGUGUUCUAAGCUUGAGAAUGAAUAGGGUCAAAGUAAGCAGAAGGCUAUUGGAACAGAUUGUCUUGUAUCUGUCAGAUCGGCUUUUGUGACCAUGCCAUAUAAAGGGCCAGUCAUUCUAUGAAUACUAUCAAAAUUUAAAAUGUCAUUUUCUGACAGCGUUUUUUUUUUUUUUUAAUUUAUUAUUUCUGUUGGAUUCAAUAACUCAAUGUCGCAAAGAUUUUUAGUAAAUAUAUCAUAAUUUUUAAACUACUGGUAUCUAUAUAUUAAGAUGCAUAUGUCUCAGUUGUAAUGCUUGCCUUCACAUCAAGAACAAGCUGAUAUCUGUCAAGCUGAAUGACUGUUUGAUCAAUAUAUUGUCUGGAGGAUGCAAAUUUUAGUUUUUUAUUUCACAAGUUUAUUUAUAACAUUUAUUCUAAAUUUUUAUUUUCAUGUCAUGUGAUUGUCCUCUACAUAAUUUCAAUGGGGAAUUUGUUUGAAUUCAUUCUAAGAUGGUACAAUGUAUAAGUUUAUAGGUAGGAUGGUGUAGAUACAAGUCUACACCCCUUGAGAAAUAUGUGUUUAUAAAUGAACAGUAUCUUGUUUCAUGUAAUAUAAACUCAUCAGUUCAUGUACAUGUGUUGUAUCUAUUGGUUUGUCAACAGUUGUGUGUUACCACAGUUCCAACAGAAAAUAAACUAAUUUAACAUUUU